CAUUGUUCACUUCUCAACAAACCGUACCAGCAGACCGUACCAUUAGUGCAGAGGAAAGGUGCUGUCAAAAGUAAGAAGUAAACAUGAUGGGUGAUUCAAAUGUACUUGGCAAAACCCAACUUCAGAAGCUUUUAGAGCACAAGUAUAGUGCGCAAGGCACAUCAAUAGCUGAGGUUUAUCUACAGCCAUUUUGGCGAUAUGUCGUGGAGUUUAUGCCCCUUUGGUUGGCCCCAAACACAAUAACAACAUUGGGUCUGGCUGUCAACAUUAUAACAUCGGCAUUGAUCAUGUAUAUUUGUCCACUUGCUGUAGGCGAGAUAUGCCCUUCUGCACUGAUUUGUUGCUGUGCUGGUUUGCUUAUCUAUCAAACUUUGGAUGCUAUUGAUGGAAAACAAGCAAGGCGAACUGGAAGUAGCUCUCCACUUGGAGAAUUAUUUGAUCAUGGAUGUGAUUCAUUAUCAGUUGUGUUUGUCUCUUUGGCGAUGGCUUGUACUCUAAAUCUUGGCAAAUAUCCACAUUUCUUGUUUUUCUUCUUUUUCAAUAACUCAGUCAUAUUCUACCUUGCACAUUGGCAAACAUAUGUUACUGGAAUACUUGUAUUUGGAAGAGUUGAUGUAACAGAGGUUCAGAUACUUGGGUGUGGAGCAUUUAUACUAACUGCUAUUUUUGGAGUCCAACUUUGGAGCUACGAGGUCACAAUCCUUGGGGCAAACCUAUCUUUAGCACAACUUGCUGUUAUAUUUGCAGCUUUAAACAGCUUUUACUACAUGCUGAAUUCAUUCUCAAAAAUCUUAGCUGGUGGAGUUGGUAAAAAUAAAUCUACUGUUUCUGAUACCAGUGUUUUAUCUCCAGCGAUUCCCCUUGGCAUUGUGUUGGCCUGUGCUUUCUAUGUAUAUAAACAUUCUGAACUGAAUUUGUUCCAAACAGCACCAUGCCUUGUAGAUUUAAUGUAUGGUAUAACCAUUGCAAAGCUGACUUGUAAAUUAGUGAUUGCUACAAUGACAAAACACCCAUUGGAAAUGAUAGACAGCUGCAUGCUUGGACCAGCUGCUCUGAGCUUCAUCAUUUACUUUUCUCUUCCAGUCUCUGAAUGGCAUGCUUUGCUUGCUGUGUUGGCCUUUGAAUGUCUUAAUAUGGCAAUAUUUUGUACCAAAGUUUGCGUAGAAAUCAGCAGUUUUCUUGGCAUCGACGUUUUCCAUAUCAAAGAGAAGAAAGCUCAUUAGAAAUAAUGAUCAGGUUUUGGAGCCGGUCACUCAAAAUUCGUCUUUAUGGAAACAUUCUGCUGGAAAUAUUUGCAUUUAUGUGAAAUACAAACAGAAGUGAAUGAUACGUUUUAUUCCCAAUUGAGUUGAUUUGCAUUGUGAAAUAAAUUGUAAAAUUGAUUUUAAACGCUUUGAGUUUGUUUAGGAUUAAGCUGCUAGAGACAAUAUACCUAAUGGGAUAUUUUGUAUUCCAACAUUAAUAGGAUUUUAGAAUAGCCAAUUUCCGCUAGGGUAUUUUUUUCUACUGCUAGAUAACUCGUUUUAUUUAGAGCAGGGCUGUCAAGGUCAAACAAGCUCAAUUACUAGAAUUAAACUAGGCUCAACGCAUUUGCAAAAUGGAAUAAUUGUUCACUGAAAAAUCCAAGCACGACUAUGAUUUCAAACAUUGAUUUAUGAUAUCAGAGUUUUGUCACUAAUUUUGAUAGAAAAUUGUCUAAGGAGAAACUAAUAAAGUAAUAGCAUUUAAUUAAGUAAAUACAAUUUUUUACUUCUACUCGAAAGACACACAUAAUUGUGUUAACUGUGUCGCACGAGUAUUGAGUUUGACGUCCCUGCUUUAGAGCUGAAAGAAGGCUUAUUGAUGCUCUGCUGUUUUCGAAUUUUUAUUGAAAAUUUAGAUAUUUUUUAUUUUGCAUUCAAUGGCAACCAUUCACAUUUGUGGCACUGAAUCCGGCUCCGUGUGUUUAGAAAAGGAGAGAAGUUUAAGCAGAUAAAUUCUAAAGCCAUAACCGUUUACACAAAAUUAACUUCCCUUGUUUACUUCAUUGAUCAAAAUCUUAACUGAGAAAUUGACUUACAUUGACCAAAAACGAGCAGAAUACCAAAGCCAUAUUACAAGUAGAAUGUCCCCGUUCUAUUCACGUUAUUUUAAUCCUGCACUCCUGAGAUUUCUACAGGCUACAUUUAUUAUUAGCUAUUGCAUAGUUAGAUUAAUUUUAAAGCAUUAACUAGGUUUUCUCAAAAGAUUUUUAAAUACUUAAGAAUCCUAGGAAUUGUUUGAAGUCGGAGCAGUUGGCACUCCUGUGUAACAUACCCGGUGAAAACCGUCCCCGGUUAGAAAUUUCCCCGCCGGAAUGUCCCCUUUGGAGCAAUCGAAUAAUCCAUGCCUUUUUCUACUUACCCGCGUUCCAAGCAAGUGGAAAUGUUUUGUCCCAAGUAUAUCUUAAAUUCCCUUUUUUGCACCAUACCCCAUCCCCUGCUAGCCAAAGACAAAUUUUACUGCCUCUGCCGUUUUUGCCUGCCAUUUCCCGUUAAGAAAAAGCUUGCUUGGCAUGUCAUGCAGGGAUGUUAUAAUGCAAAAGACUGUAGCAUCUAGUGCCUUUGAAGGAUAUUGAGUCAUUUUGGAGACUUGAGACAGGCGAGCUAUGCAUGGUUACAUUUGCAUAAAUUCACCUGCCUUGUCGCAUUCUAGUGCGUAGAUUUUUGCUUGCUUAGUACAGAAAUCGGAGACUAAUAUUCGUUGCAUCGCGGCCUUGACCCUUUCUACAGCGCACCAUAAAUUUUUGCGAUUGUUUUCUUUGGAUUUCUGUCUCCUGAUUCCUGUUCACGCCGCCUGCAUCUUUCCAUUGGAAUUUCAAGUGGUAUAAAGUUUCUGUAAUGCAACUUCUAAAUUUGUCCAUCAGCAGUUAUUGUUUAUAAAGAAAAUUUUAACAAUUACAAUCAAGGUUUUAUGCUUUGUUUGACGCGAAUGGUGGCUUUGACUCAUUUUACGCGGCUUUUAGAGUUUGCCCCCUCCCCUUACAUUGUAACAGGUUCAUUCUUCUAUCACAUGUAGCAUCUGGGAAUGUGCGUUUUAUCAAAAUUAGGCAUACAAGUUACAUAACACAACGUGCUGUUUUCACGCUUCUGGCACAUUUUUAAAAGUAAUAUAUAACCUCUACUGUUUUGUUGCAAGAUUAAUAACAGUUGCUGUAGAGUCUUGUAGUUGAUAAUGUCUUUAUUUAGUAAAGAAUAAUGUCGUUCA